ACUGCAGCAAGACCACAGCAAUCAGCGACGACUUACAGACUCGUAACAGGACGUCGACCUUGAGGCAUGUUGGGCGUGUUCAAGGUGGCGAUCUUCUGUCUUGCAGCGCUGGUAUUACUGACCUUGCCGCAGGAUGUAAGCGCGUACUGCCCGAAUGGCUGCAACGCACAGGGAACUUGCGGCAAGAACGACAAAUGCACGUGCUACGAGCGACAGGAUCAGGAGACCGAGAGCAUCAAAUACCCGGCGUUCAAAGGCGCCGAUUGCUCGCUACGCACGUGUCCGUUUGGCGACGCGUGGGUCCAGGUUCCUACCGCAACGAACACUGCACAUUCGCUAGUCGAGUGCUCGAAUCGUGGGCUUUGUGACUACAACACGGGUCACUGCAUGUGCUUCGCAGGUUAUGAAGGCAAGGCCUGCGAGCGAACGGAGUGUCCGAAUGGCUGCAACGGCCGCGGCAUUUGCCUCACUCUGGCAGCUAUCAUUGCUGGUAGACCCACUCCGCCGGCAGCUACUGUCUACGCUGCAUGGGACGCCAACAAACACAUGGGCUGCUACUGUGAUCAGGGAUACCGCGGACCCGACUGCUCCCUCAAGGAAUGUCCCAGUGGCGACGACGUGUUGCUCGCCUUUGGCCAAAAGCAAGGGCGCGACUGUGGAGGGCGAGGCAAGUGCAACUACGAGUCGGGCGAGUGCGAGUGCUUCCCAGGUUACUACGGCACGGCGUGCGACUCACAGACCACCGUCAAUUAA